AUGUCCGACGGCCAAGCUGUCGCAUCGCCUCAGGGCACAAAGCGCACAAUAAAUGAGGUCGAAGCCGAGGAUGCGACUCGGCAAAACAACGAUACGACCAACGAUGAUGCCGAUGACACGUCCUCGGACGAGGAUGACAUUGGCCCAGCGCUGCCCUCAGCAGCCGCACCCAAGGCCAAGAAGCGUAGAAAGCUGCCAUAUGAGAAGCUCUAUGUAGCCGCACUACCCGCUGCAACCAGAUACUCGAAAUCCAUGAUGCAUCAGGACCAGCUCUGCUUUAACACCUUCACACCUCACACCGACUUCCUCAUAACAACAUCCAUCGACGGCGUGGUCAAAUUCUGGAAAAAGGUGGCAGAUGGUAUUGAAUUCGUCAAGGAGUUCAAGGCACACGAAGGAGAAGUCAAGAGUGUAAGCGUGAGCGCUGACGGCCGGAGUUUUGCAACUGUUGGUAUCGAUGGUUCUGUCAAGAUCUUCGAUGUAAUCACUUUCGACCUGCUGGCCAUGCUCACACCGGAGCCUGCACCGAGAUGUGUCUGCUUCGUCCAUGGGCGUGGUGCUUCAAUGCCUCUGUUGGCCGUCUCGCACGACACAAGCUCGCAUAUCACCCUGUACGACGGCAGAGGUGAGAACACAGCACCGCUUCACAAACUGGAGAAGCUGCAUAGACUGCCAGUGUCGCUCAUGUCGUACAACCCGCAAUACGACUGCGUUGUAUCGGUCGAUGAGGGCGGUAUGCUCGAGUACUGGAGUCCGACUAGCAACUAUGAGAAACCUGAUAAUGUCUUUGCCAUCAAGAGCUCAACCAAUCUCUUCGACUUCAAGAAGGCAAAGUCGGUCCCGUCAUCAAUUACAAUGUCACCCACUGGCCAACAAUUUGCUACCAUGUCCUUCCCUGAUCGCAAGGUUCGCAUAUUCGACUUCCCCACCGGUAAACUGUACAGGACCUACGACGAAUCACUGGCUACUAUCACUGAGAUGCAACAAGCUGGAACAGCUAUUGACAAGUUAGACGAUGUCGAAUUUGGCCGCAGGUUGGGUGUCGAGCGCGAGAUUGAGCACCCCGCCGUCCGUGCUCGAAUCAACAUCAUCUUCGAUGAGACUGGCAACUUCAUCCUCUAUGGUUCGAUCUUGGGAACAAAGGUCAUCAACACGCUGACGAAUCGUGUUGUCAAGGUCUACGGCAAAGAAGAGCCUUUUAGAGCAUUGAAUUUGGCCAUCUACCAAGGUCAGCCUGACAAGAAGGGUGUCGUCACUGUACAGAUGGCUGCCAGUGACAAUCCCCUACUGCAACAAGCUGAAGCGCGUGACUCCAUGCUUGUGGCUACAGGCUCCGGAAAGGUUCGCUUUUACAUGUUUACCAACGACACCAACAUCAACAAGUCGGAUCGAGAUAUUCACAACGAGAAGCCUCGCACUAUUGCAACAAAACAGCAAGCAGAAGCUGCAAAGACACAAACAGGCUCCUCAGCUACCAUUCACACAUCUAUGGGCGACAUUCAAAUACGACUUUAUCCUGAGCACGCUCCAAAGGCAGUGGAGAACUUCACUGUACACAGCAAGAAUGACUACUACAACGGCAUCAUCUUCCAUCGUAUCAUCCGCAAGUUCAUGAUCCAGACUGGAGAUCCGCUAGGUGACGGCACUGGUGGUGACAGUAUUUGGGGCAGCAACUUUGAGGAUGAAUUUACUCCAGCCUUGCGUCAUGACAAGCCGUACACCGUCAGCAUGGCAAAUGCUGGUAAAGGUACAAAUGCCAGUCAGUUUUUCAUCACCACAGAGAAAACGCCUUGGCUCGAUGAUAAGCACACCAUCUUUGGACGCGUGGUCAGAGGCAUGGAUGUUGUACACAGGAUCGAGAAUGCAAAAGUGUGGAAGGAGAAGCCCAUGGAGGAUAUCAAGAUUAUCAGUAUUUCAGUGACGUAG